UUCUCGCGUGCGUGCGUACACGCGUGUAUGCGUGCCUCUUGAGUAGUACGAUACUAUAGAGUGUACACGUACAUGUAUGGCGCUCGACCGGACUUCGUCCGCUCAGUGCGAGAAACACGUUCAGACGGAUCGGACGGUAUACGUGUAUUCGUCGCGAUCGCGCGGAGGCUCCAGAUCGUUCCUCUUCAUCGUGGUGCACGUGCGAAGACGCCGAAGAGAUCCCGCGCGCGGACUGUCAGAACGAGAGGAAGCAUCGAACUCGCGGAGUAAACUCGACAAUUUCUCUCCCGCGAUACUCCGAGAAAAGCGCAUCGGGUGACGUGUUUUUAAGUGGAAACAAAAGAUGCACCGUCGUUGUUGAAUCAGCAAUCGCACUCUUUCGUGCGUGAGUACUCGCGAGGAAUCUCAAGCCCGCUUCAAGGUCCCGCGAAGUGCAGCACAGAAAUUUGCACGAGAUGGAAUCGUUCGCGAUGGACAACAAGGGGUACCAUGAGGAGGAGUGGGAGCGACGAGCGAAGAUAAAGAGAAUGUUCAGCUGGAGCGACGGACUUCCCGGCGACGGUGGUGCGGGUACCGCGGAUCUCACAAACGCGACGACGACGAUGCAGAACAACACGGAUGCCACCGUGGACCUGACGACGGUGACGUCGAGCACCGUCCACCUGGCGACGCCGGGCCUGAACAACCCCACGUGGAAUCGUCAACAGGCCGUUAGCGUUAGGCAUGCCUUCAAGACUUAUGGCAGCGCUAAGAAUCCAAAUCAUAUCUUACAGAAUCUCAACAUGACCGUAGCCAAAGGCUCCAUAUACGGGCUGCUGGGCGCCAGCGGAUGCGGCAAAACCACUUUAUUGUCCUGCAUCGUCGGCCGACGAAGAUUGAAUUCUGGCGAGAUCUGGGUGCUGGGCGGUAAACCCGGAACGAAGGGCUCCGGCGUGCCCGGCAAGAGGGUCGGUUACAUGCCCCAGGAAAUUGCCCUCUACGGCGAGUUCACCAUUCGCGAGACCAUGAUGUACUUCGGCUGGAUAUUCGGAAUGUGCACGGCCGAAAUUGUUGAGAGGCUGCGCUUCUUGCUACAAUUUCUCGAUCUGCCGUCGCAAAAUCGUCUGGUGAAGAAUCUCAGUGGCGGUCAACAGAGGCGAGUGUCUUUUGCAGUGGCACUUAUGCACGAUCCGGAAUUGCUGAUUUUGGAUGAACCGACCGUGGGUGUAGAUCCUCUAUUAAGACAAAGCAUAUGGAACCAUCUAGUUCAAAUUACCAAAGAUGGUAACAAGACGGUCAUCAUAACGACGCAUUACAUCGAAGAGGCCCGACAAGCGCACACGAUCGGCUUGAUGAGGAGCGGCCGUUUGUUGGCCGAGGAGGCGCCCAAUACACUCUUGCAAAUAUAUAACUGCGCCACUCUUGAAGAGGUCUUCCUGAAACUGUCUAGACAGCAAGGCCAAAGCGCGGCUCCAAUGCAAUUGAACAUUUCGAACAAUAUCAAUUUGGCUCCUCUAAACUGGGGUAAGAAAGACGAGCCAGUAUACGUGACGGAAGAAUCCGGAGUCGUCGGUCUCAACUUCCAUCAAAGCAAAGAAGCCCUAAUUUAUGACUCUACCAAUGGAAUAGCGAAUCAUUAUGAUAUAAAUGGUAGGCCAUUGCCAAAAGUAAAAGGCGGAUCUGUUCUGGAGUGUGACGAUUGCGGCAACUUUGCAAAUUGCUAUAACAUCACCAGUUCGGGCAAAAUCAAAGCGCUUUUGCAGAAAAACUUCUUGCGCAUGUGGAGAAAUGUCGGCGUGAUGCUGUUCAUCUUCGCUCUGCCGGUGAUGCAAGUGAUUCUCUUCUGCUUGGCAAUCGGGAGAGAUCCCGAGGAUCUGAAACUGGCUAUAGUGAAUAAGGAAAUGUUUUUUGAUAACCUGACAUGCCCUCUCACGACGGAUUGCAGCUUCACGUAUCUCAGUUGCCGAUAUCUCAAUUUUCUCGAUAAGGAUACGAUUACCAAGGAAUAUUAUGAGAAUCUGGACACGGCGAUGGACGCCGUGCGAAAUGGACACGUUUGGGGCACUUUGUACUUUACAGAAAACUUUACGGACGCUCUCGUGGCGAGAAUGGCUUUAGGAAAAGAUUCCGAUGAUGAAACUCUCGAUCAAAGCGAGAUCAGAGUUUGGCUGGACAUGUCCAAUCAACAAAUAGGUUUGAUGCUAGCGAGAGAUCUUCAAUACUCGUAUAGAGAUUUUGCCAAGGAUCUUCUCUCUUCCUGUAAGCAGAAUGCAAAAUUGGCUGAUAUACCAAUUCAAUUCAAAGAUCCCAUUUAUGGUUCUAAUGAUCCUAGCUUUACGGACUUUGUAGCACCAGGUGUAAUAUUGACCAUUGUUUUCUUCUUGGCGGUCGCGUUGACGUCAUCGGCACUGAUCGUCGAAAGAAUGGAGGGCCUUCUGGAUCGAAGCUGGGUGGCCGGCGUAUCGCCUAGCGAAAUUCUGUUCUCUCACGUGGUCACGCAAUUUGUAGUGAUGUGUGGGCAGACAGCUUUAGUAUUGAUCUUCAUGAUUCUGGUAUUCAACGUCGAAUGUGCAGGUCCUAUCGGCUGGGUCAUCAUAUUGACUAUACUUCAAGGACUUUGCGGCAUGUGCUUUGGGUUCCUAAUUUCGGCGAUUUGCGAACUCGAAAGGAAUGCCAUCCAACUAGCUCUCGGCAGUUUCUAUCCUACGCUUCUUCUCAGCGGUGUAAUAUGGCCAGUGGAAGGCAUGCCGACGUUCCUGCGAUAUGUAUCGCAAGGUCUGCCGCUGACAAUGGCAACGACAGCUCUACGCUCGAUGCUAACUCGUGGCUGGGGCAUCAAAGAACCAAACGUCCACAACGGUUUCUUCUCCACUAUCAUCUGGAUCGUCGUGUUCCUCUCAAUAAGUCUCAUCGUGCUGAGGAUCAAGCGUGGAUAAUCUGAAUAACUCGUGUCCUCGCGUUCAGAUUGUAUUCGGUGUAUGAUGCUUCGCGAACAAUUUCUUUUCGCGAAGACAAGACGCAAGAGUGCUGAAUCAGGGAGAAAGUGUUCGGAAGUUGAACGAAUUGAAAUGGCAAAAUAAACGAAUGUGUGAAUGACGGCUGUCGCGAAGAAUUGAUCAAGAUUUUGAAUCGAGAAGUUCGUGUUUUCACCUGGCACCGAAGCGAUCCUUAAAACACAGACUUCUUCGCGCGUUUAUCCGUAUUAUAAUUAGUUAAAAUUAAGAUAAUGUAGUUAGAAGUUAUGUAGAAUUGAAGCAAAGAUUAUAACAUGAUAAACAAUGAUUGCGAAUGAA